GCUGCAUGCGCUCCGAGUCACUCAUGGCCUACAUCCAUGCCCGGGUCAUUCGUCCAAAGCUACGAUGGGCCGGCCGCGCGGUAGCCGAUUUCCGGUGACGCGCCAACAAACUGUCGCCGCGGUGUCGGUCAAGGCCGGGUCACGGACUUUCGCUUUAGGCCGGAAACGGCAAUAUUCCACCGCCCGGAAAGAGGCACGGCGACCGGAGCAGGUGCCGAGAUCGGCAACGCACGAAGCCGCCGCGAGGGCCGCCUUUGUUCCGCUCCACGCGCACCGCUCGCUUUCCGGUCGGUCACAGCACCUCAAGCGCUGCUGAUACAGCCAUUGGUGCCGCAUGGGAGGAGAGUCGUCAAAGCUACCCCACUACAGUAGUCGCGGACGAAGCUUCCCGGCAAUUGCGCUUGAGGUGCUUCCCGGCAAUUGCGCUGCAUGCCGUCAGCACGAAGCCGCGUGGCCGCGGACUCUCACCGGAACAGAGAUAGAGGGGCUACCUACCACUACCAUACCCACACACCUUGGUGCUCCACUCACCGCUGUGCUGUGCUCCCUACACAUAGCGCCCCCUGCUGUGCUGCCUCCUCUGCCGCUUGUUUCAGAGGUUUCGCUCGCUCGGCCGCUCCAAGGUUCCAGGCGAAGAGGCGAUGAUGGGGCGCGGGAUGGCUGACGACGGCGUCUCGCGGCGGGCCACCUUCGGCGAGCGCAGCGGCGCGCUGCUGACGGAGGCGCAGGAGCUCGCCGCGCUCUGGGAGGCGGACGUCGGCGUCCUUGUCUUCGACGGCGCCGGCAGGCAGAUGGACUACUGCAGCCCCCACACCAGCUGGAGCGAGCUGAUGCAGCGCUACCAGAUCAUCACCAAAGGCAAGUUUGAGGGGAUAAAUCAUGAUGAUGACCGCCAUCAGCAGCUGUUGGCGGAAAUCACAAGGUUGAGGCGUGAGCGUGACCGCCUGGAGGCAAGCAUCAGGAGGCAGACCGGAGACGACCUGCCAUCCGCCGCAACCGCGGGGCUCGGCGAUCUGGAGCAGCAGGUAGAGCGUGCACUGGGUAAAGUCCGUGAGACGAAGGACAAACUGCUGGAGCAGCAGUUGGACGAGAUACACCACAGGGUGCACAUCCUGGAGGACCAGAACAGCUUCCUUCGCCACAUGAUGAGCGAGGAGGGGCGGCAACGUGCUGCUGUGGAGGCGUCGGCGGUGGUGGCGGAGCUCAUUGUGCCGAUGCAGCCGGCGACGCUGUUCGGGGGCUUCUUCCCGGAGGUGGAGGAGGAGGGGGCAUCCACAUCGCUCCGGCUGUGGCCGCGGCAGUUUCCUGGCUGUGGCAAUUAAGUCGCACAUUGUUCUGGUGUUUUGCAGAACGAGGAGGAGAGAUGAUGGACUCACGCAAGACAGACGGAGGCUAAUUAGUUAACUAAUCUAGUUUAAACUUACUAGUAGCAGGCCAGUAGUUACGGCUAAGGAUCCGGCGUAUGUUCAGAGGGCAUACAGUUGACAAGUAAUUGGGCCAUCUUGUCAACACUAUAUACAUAGUCCCGUUUUGCUACACAGAAUUUCCCCUAUAUGCAGCAGUAUUUUCAAGAGCUGAGAGGACUAUAGCUUUCAAGAGCAAAUUACAUUCCAUUUCUGCAUUUUCUUUGUUACAUUAAAUUUGUAACUUUUUUAAGCAUGUGAAUCACGUGUCAAAGAAAA